GUACCGGGCCGUGUUCUAUGGGACAUGCGAGGACGGGCGCGCCGGUCCUAGUGGACCCGCGCGAGCCGCGAGCUCAGCAUGAGCAUUGCGGCGCUGGCCGUCCUCGUCUUCUGCGUCGUCGUGCCCGCAGUGUUCGCCCUCACCACGAUGCGUUCCUCCAUCAAUUCCUACGCCGGCCCGUUCACCAUUCUGUUCAAAGAGGCGACCCAGUGCCCCGAAGGCACCGUCACCCCGGGCCGCUUGGUGGCCAACCUGACGGGCGCCCUCCACCACUCGAAGUUCACCAAGGCCGCGGUGUUCGACGGGCUGGCCCUCGUGACGAGGGACGUCGACUUCGGCGACCUCGGGCUCAAAGUCGCCGUCGCCAAGUGGGACAGCGUCGCCGGCUGGAGGGAGAACUUCUUCCGCAUGGACGGCGGCGAGUACUGCAACGUGAUGGUCUCCAUCGGGAGGGACGCCGCCUCGGUGGUGAACCGCAACAACCCCAAGUUCCCCAAGAGCUGCCCGAUCCCCAAAGGUACGUACAUUUUCCACAAUCUGAGCACCGAGCUUCUACAACGCUGGGAACACUUUCCAGUCUUCCCCUACGGCCGGUUCAGAGGAGACAUGAUUUUUUAUGAUUUGAAAUCCAAGCAAAACAUAGUCGGAUGUUUCAGAGGGGUCAGCGAUAUUGUUCCGAAAGUGAAAAAAAGUUGAUAAUAAAGUUUAAGGAGCGCAGCGUC